UUGCGGAUUGCCGAGCCCCCGGAAUCGGAGAUUGAUUUUCAACUUGAGAGUCCGGCUGAGACCCUCCUGUCGCACUUGCUAGCCCAUUUUGACCAGCAUGUCGCGACAAGGCUCGCAUGGGUGGAUGGGCCCGACAACCCCUGGCGAAACAUCGUCAUGCAAUUGACGCAUUCGUCUCCUGUGGUCCUCUACUCGAUUCUCGCCAUGGCUUCGGAAGACCUGAUUCUUCGAUACGAAACCGGGCACCGGCUGCGCCGACUGCAGGCUGCUUCACUUGACUAUAAAAGCAAGACCCUGUCGCUUCUCGGACAGCAGCUGGACAUGCUGCCCCGGAACGCCUUGGCGUUACCAGGGCAUACCCACCAAGUACGAUGUAUUCUCGCUGCAAUUCUGCUUCUGUACAACGUGGAGCUGCUUACGGCCGAGGAUGCGCGCUGGCGAGUACAUAUCCACGGGGCACGCGCAGUCAUCCAAUGGAUGUCACAGGCCAUCGCUCGUCGCAAUGUGGAUGACCAAGCGGAUGUCUUUCUGCUCUACGAGUAUUACUAUUCCUCAGUGUUCAUGAGUCUGACGACUUUCGACCCUUCGGAGGACAUCACGAAAACGAUUCAAACCCACGAUACGUUAACCGUAUUCAGCGACUUUGUUCAAGUCAUGCAGACGGUCACUCGUGCGGAGCGGGAGAAGCACGCUGGGAAUCUCAACGCUAUGAUGCCCGCCCUGGAUGGUAUUAGGAAGGAGAUUGAUGCGGCGAGAUCGAGGACUUUGCUGCUCAGUCACCGUAUCCAAUUCAGGUCGGCUGAAGCACAGCGAGAUUUCGACCAUCUUUCCUCCAUGUACUACCAUGCGUGCUUGAUAUAUAGUUAUCGGGCCCUAGGGGAUGGUCCCGUCGGAGAACCGUUCAUUGUCAUCUCGCGAGACGCAGUACUGGACCAUGUCUCUUGCCUGACGGACAGCACGUCGUUUGCUCAAGAUCUGGUCUGGCCACUUUUCAUCGCGGGCACGGAGUGCAGAGGAUACCCCGCCAAACAGGCGACGGUGGAACGUGCAAUGUUGAUCGUGAUGCGGAUCAGUGGUCGGCUGGACCGGGAUCGCGUGCUUGCCUUUCUGAAGGCUUACUGGGAAGCAGAGUUAAGCCCCAAUGUAACCUGGAUCCAAUUCGCCCGGUCCAGAGCGGCGGAUUGUAGCUUUCUGAUCAUCUGA